AACCUAAAGAACCCAAAGAGUUUAAAGAACUUGAAGAGCCUGAAGAACCUGAAGAACCUAAAUCUGAAAAACCUAAACUCAAAGAAUCUAAACUUGAAGAACCUGAACUCAAAGAAUCUGAAGAACCUGAAGAAUUAAAAGAGCUUGAAGAAUAG